AUGAAUAACGUCAAUAUGUCUGGUAUGCCAAAUAUGGGUGGCCCUGUUGGAACUGGUAUCCCUAUGAUGAAUAAUGGGGUACCCGGUGGAGCUGCUCGACAUCCUACGAUGAAAGAUGGGAACACUUUUAGCCCUCGAUCGCAACUUAACACUUACAUUUACGAAUAUUUUCUCAAGAGUGGCAUGUUUGAUUGCGCCAGAACAAUGUUGAAUGAACAAAUUAACGUCCAGAAGGAUAGCCCUAAUCGGGGCGACGCGGAAGAGGGAGAUGAUUCCAAAGAUGAUAUCGAUUCAAAGAGGCCCAGUGAUCUUCCUCUACCAAACCUUCCCAGGGAAUCUCCUGAAAGUGGCUGUUUUCUCUACGAAUGGUUUUGCCUUUUCUGGGAAAUGUUCAAUGCUCAGCGUAACAUGGGGGAAUCAUCACGUACCGUUCUUGCCUAUGUCACUCAUACACAGCAAACGCGCCAAAAGGCAGAGCAACAACAGGCUUCGCUUCGUGCUCUCAAUCCAAAUGGAAUGCAUCCUGGUGCAGCCUAUGGUCGUAUGAACCCAGCUAUAAUGCAAAAUGAAAUUGCACGACAAGCAUUGAUGAACGGGGGUAGAGGCAAACCCACUCCACAGCAGAUGCAACAGAUGCAGCAAAUGCAACAGAUGCAGAAACAACAAGCAAUGCAGAGAGAACCUUCAGACGGCAACCAUCCACAACGAGCUCAAUCGCCAGGAGGAUCUGCCGAGAACGCUCCAUCCCCAUCCAAGCGACCACGAAUUGAAGGACCCGGAUUCAAUCAACCAGGUGGUAUGGGACCUAAUGGAAGAGGACAAACUACUGGAAUUCCAGGCCAACAGGUGGGAGAAACCGCCCCCAGCAUUACUGCUCAAGCAGCUCAUUUGCCACUUUCAAAUGGUAUCGAUUCAAAUCUGACAGCGCAGCAGUUCCAGGGUUUCCCAAAUCAAAAUCCACAAAAGAAUCUUCAGGCAUAUCAGGCUGGCUUGUCACAUCAGCAACAAAAGCAAAUGCCUGGCGCAGCCGCUGGAGGCCCUCCCAACCAAGGAUCGCCCAUGAUGACGCAAGGUGCUGAUGUUAAUGCAAUGACUACUUAUGGUUACGGCGCUGGUGAAAUGGGUCAAAACGGUGUAAGGGGUGCUCCAGGUGGCCAACAAAGUGGCCAACAAGGUAACCAUGCUUUGCAAGACUAUCAGAUGCAGUUAAUGUUGCUUGAGCAACAAAAUAAGAAGAGACUCAUGAUGGCACGCCAAGAACAGGGUGCCGCUGAGGGCCAAGGAGGCCCCGGAGGACCUGGCAUGGGACCCAAUGGACCCAAUUUCCCACAAGGAACCUCACCACAAAGCGGUCCUCGAUCAGUGAACUCGCCAAACCCAAGCGAGCAGCAGAUGAAGCGAGGAACACCUCACAUGAACAACCCAGGCAUUCCAUCUCCCCUACCCGAAGGUCAAAACAGAGGAUCGCCAAGCGCAAUGAACUUCAACAUGGGACAGCCUGGGCAAAUGGAUGCCGGCAUGAACCCACAAUUCUACAAGAUGAACGAUAUGAAUGGUAAUAUGAUGCAAAACGGCAUGCGACCCCCUAGUUCCCACCCCGGAUUCCCACAAGGAAUGUCACAGCAGCAAAUGAUGAUGGCACGACAGCAAGCAGGCAACUGGCAGAAUGGUCCAAACGGCGGUGCUCCCAUGGUUGCCAACCCUUCCCAAGGACCCCCACAAGCCAUGGGCACACCUCAACAACGAAAUAUGCCUCCACCAGCAGCUCCCGCUAACGCCGGCGCGAACGGACGAACACAACCAUCGUCCCCUCAAGGUAGCACUGCUGCACCUCCAACGCCUCAGCAAUCGAAUAAGGCAAACCCCAAGAAGAAGAAUGAGACCAAGGAAACAAAAACAAAGCGGGCUACAAAGAAAGGAUCCGCCGCAAACCUCAACGCUGGUGCUACACCCUCCGCCGACCCAACCCAAGAAGCCGCGACCCCCACCCCAGCGACCCCGAUCACCCCGGUUCACACGAAGACUUUCAACAAUGUUCCAAAUCCAAACGGUGCCGUUCAGCCCGUCAACGGUCAACCUAUGGCGACUGCCCCGAACGUUGGAGUUGCAUCGUCGCAGCCUGAUCCUCUGAAUGCAUUCCCAAUGAAUGAUCAACCGUUUGAUAUGCUCGAGUUCAACAAUCCUAUGAAUGGAAAUUCGGAUGUUCUUACCGACUUUGACUUUGAUUCAUUCUUGAAUGAUUCUACUGGUGGCGCAGAUGACAAUUAUAACUUUGAUCCUUAUCUAGGAGAAAAUGAAAUAUCCGAGACUGUUUGA